GCAACUCCCUGUGGUGCCACGCGGAUCAAAAGACAACACAAAUAUUAAUGGCACAGCUCCGUUGGCGCCAACCGUGUUGUCUACUGGUCCCACGCCUCCAGCACUCACCACAGUCUCACACGGACAGGCAGCAGCAGCAGCUGCUGCAGCUCAGCUCUAUAAAAAUUGCUCGCUCUCAGAGCCGAGCCGCAUGGUCUGUCACGACAAAACAAGCAAGUGCUCCCAGCUCCGAGUCUUCCAUCCAAGCCCAACGCCAUGCGCGCCCCGGCGAGCCUCCUCCACGCCGCCAGCGAGCUGCCAUCCUCUCCUCCUCCAGAGCAGCAGCAGCAGCAUCAUGAGGCGGCGGUGCUGCCGGUGGACUCGGACAUGGUGGUCAUCCUGGCCUCCUUCGUCUGCGCCCUCGUCUGCGUCCUCGGCCUCGCACUCGUCUCCCGCUGCGCCUGCCGCCUCCGCCGCCGACGCGCCUCCGACGAUCCUGCCACCGCGUCGCCGCCUCCCAAGGGCCUGAAGAAGAAGGCCAUCGACGCGCUCCCUACCGUGUCCUUCACCGCUGCCGCGUGCGGUGCCCCAGCCGCAGCUGCCCCCGCACCGUGCUCUGCCUCGGAGUGCGCGAUAUGCCUGGCGGAAUUCGCCGAGGGGGAGGCGCUGCGCGUGUUGCCGCGCUGCGGCCACGGCUUCCACGUCGCCUGCGUCGACGCCUGGCUCCGGACACGCGCCACGUGCCCGUCCUGCCGCGCCAGCAUCGUCACCGUCCAGCCGCCGGCGGUGGUGGCGCCGGGCGCGUGCGGGAGGUGCGGCGGCGAGGUAGCGGCGCCUCCGGCCGGUGGACGUCGUGCUGGUGGUGGUGCGGAUGACACGUUCCUGCCUUAAUUACUUGUCUGCUUGCAUGCUCAAACUCUGUAGCUAGCCACUGUUGACCCUUGUUCUUUUUUUGUUGUUGCGUGACUUGUUUUCGCCAUUUCAUUGCCUCUCGUUUUGUGCUUAGUAUUGUACUUGCGGUAAAUCGCCCAAUGGAUAGAUCGAUCGAAGAAAUUUUGUAGUCAUCCUUAGACUGUAAAGUAACUGUGUGAGUGGUAGUAAAUUUGUACUUGCGAAUCAAAUGGAUGGAGUAAAUUAACCCGUCAAUAUUCGUAGGUAUCGAGAAGGAGGGGGGAGGGAGGAUGAACAUUUCGUUGAACAGUAGUGGCAAAUGGAAUCUGGAGACUGGAGUGGAGAAGCUAGGACGAAGAAAUGUCUGUGUCCUGCUUUGCCUACCUUUGAGGAAUUCGGAAUUCCUCUUUUGCUUUAUUUAUCCUUGCCUUUUGUCUCUGUCAACAAGACCCGUUAAGUUCCGGCCUCUUGGUUUCA